CGCAAGCAUUACCGGAAGCGCUGUCCUAAAAUUUCAAGAUUCAUCCCGACCGGUUCAAAUGGUUCAGACACCUGAGCGGUUGCGAAAUAUUGAAGAGUCGACAGUGACAUAUUGGAUAGACGAAUGCUGUUCCUGGGCAUAGGUCCAUUCCGAGCCUUUGGAUGUCGAGGGCAGUUGGCUGUAAAAAACUGUAGAUGGCUCAUCGCUGGUGUCCAACCCCGCCUACAUGGAAUUUGCCAGAUGCAACUCACAAGGACAGCGCCUGUCAAGUGCUGUCGCUUGUUAUCCACAUUUCCCCGCAUCCAAGCUCGUGAGAAACCCGAAGACCCCCCAUCACAUAACUUUACCCUUAUCUACUCAUUUCCAGCCAUCAGGAUUCUCAGAGUAAUUUCCAGGCUUAAGCUUGCGCAGACAGGAAUUACUAUGCUACUGCUCCCACCUGUACAUUAUCUAUACUAUCAGGGCCAAGUCACAUACACUUUGAUGUGUUACAGCACUGGGAUUGCUGUCUUUGCAGCCAUCAUGCUUUACUCCCUUAGUCACUACCUUAGAAGAGUUGUGGGCAUGAUUUAUCUGGAUAACUCAAAGACGACACUUAAAGUCUCUCACCUGACCUUCUGGGGGAAUCGACGUGACCUCUAUCUGCCUGUGACUGAUGUAAUGACGCUAGGAGACACUGGUGAUUCCAAGAAUGAGCCAUUACUUUGUUUGAAACGGUACAGUUGUCCAGACACUUUGUAUUUUUCUACACGGUUUGGACAUGUGAUGGACAAGCAGGGCUUUGAGUUGGUAUUUGGUAAAUUCUCAUAAUGAUUCAUUUGAAACUGUCACAGGCUUAUCUCACAUUUCCUGGCCACUCUCUGUUUUUAAAACUGAAUUCAUAACAUUGUCUCCCAUUGUCUGUUGGGUUUAAUUGGAAUAUAAGGAUUGAAUAUGCUUUUGUUUUGGAUGAUUGAUUGUUUAUUAGUUGUGAUAUCGAUUGUCAAGUAUGAAUUCACCUAACAGUAAGCAGUGUGUGCAAGUUCAUACUUGGUGAGUUUCAGUCAUGCCAUUACCUACAUCGGUUUUUUGCAAUAAAAUAUAGGACUAUUAUCUUUAAAAGAGUAGUGCUGGCAUUCAUUUCCUGCUGAUAAACUAUUGAAAUCAAAUAUUAAUCAGCAUAAUGAUACUUAUUUAAUAAUAAUGUUUAUCAAUACAUGUUUACAGUAUGUGUUUGUUGGAAAGUAACAAUGUUUGAUUUUUGUUCAUUUCAUCACAAUUUCAACCAUGCCAACAGAUGUUUUAAUGUACAAAGAAACAUUCAUACAUAAUAAAGUAUUCAGGAAGAGAGACGAAAACAUCAUAGACUGAGUAGUAAUUCAUUUUUGCCAUUGGCUAAUAUGUUCCCUCUGAAUAAAUAAUAUUGUCUCUAAGCUUGUA